UUCCCUCAACCUUCUUUUCAUUUUUUCGUCGCAGAGAGAAAGGUUCGGCCGUCGGGGUAAUUACAUUUUUGACCCUUCCAAAACCCAUCAUCCCCAAUGGCCGUGUCUAGCUACGCUAGGGCAUUUCCGUCAUUCGAAUGCCGUUCGGAACCCGAUUUCUCCGGCAGCUUUCCCAGUCCUAACGCCGGCGUUCGUUUCUCCGGCAAGGCUAACUCCGGAUCUCAGGUUCAUAAUCAUGGUCUGUCUUCUCUGAUUUAUAGGUUUCCUCCAAAUUUUGUGAGGCAGUUAAGCAUUAAGGCUAGGAGGAAUUGCAGCAACAUCGGUGUGGCUCAAGUUGUUGCGGCUUCCUGGUCAAAUAACGACGCCGUUCCUGAGUUCGAUUCGUCCGCUUCUGCUGCCGUUACUUCGAUUGGUAUCACCGCAGAUGAUGAGGUGGUGGCUGAUUGUAAUGAGGAUCAAAAUGUACAGAUUAAGGGUGUUAAAUAUGCUUCUUUUUUGAAUUCUGAUGGAAGCCUUGCUAUUCAUGCCGGUGAAAGGUUGGGACGCGGUAUUGUUACUGAUGCCAUAACUACCCCAGUGGUUAACACAUCUGCUUACUUCUUCAACAAGACUUCUGACCUUAUUGAUUUUAAGGAGAAAAGACGUGCAAGUUUUGAAUAUGGGCGCUACGGAAACCCCACUACUGUUGUUUUAGAGGAGAAAAUAAGUGCACUUGAGGGCGCUGAAUCAACCUUGUUAAUGGCAUCUGGAAUGUGUGCCAGUACUGUAUUGUUGUUGGCCUUGGUACCUGCUGGUGGGCAUAUUGUAACAACCACAGACUGCUACAGGAAGACCCGUAUUUUUAUUGAGACAAUACUGCCUAAAAUGGGAAUUUCGGCCACAGUCAUUGAUCCAGCGGAUAUUGGAGCUUUGGAGUUGGCAUUAAAUCAGAAGAAAGUGGAUCUUUUCUUUACUGAGUCUCCAACAAAUCCAUUUUUGAGAUGUGUUGACAUUGAGCUGGUUUCAAAGCUUUGUCACGAAAAAGGAGCUUUGGUUUGCAUAGAUGGGACGUUUGCGACUCCUCUUAACCAAAAGGCCCUUGCUCUGGGGGCUGACCUUGUUCUGCACUCUGCUACAAAAUUCCUUGGUGGGCACAAUGAUGUUCUUGCAGGUUGCAUUAGUGGUCCUCAAGAAUUAGUUUCAGUAAUUAGAAACUUGCAUCAUAUCCUGGGUGGUGCUCUCAAUCCAAAUGCUGCAUAUCUUAUUAUCCGUGGCAUGAAGACGCUGCAUCUUCGUGUACAGCAACAAAACUCAACUGCAUUGAGGAUGGCCGAGAUUUUAGAGGCUCAUCCCAAGGUGAAACAUGUCUAUUAUCCAGGCUUGCCGAGUCAUCCGGAAUAUCAUCUUGCAAAGAAACAAAUGACUGGAUUUGGUGGUGUGGUCAGUUUUGAGGUUGAUGGAGACCUCCUAACUACUGCAAAAUUUGUGGAUGCUCUGAGGAUUCCCUAUAUUGCUCCAUCCUUUGGAGGCUGUGAGAGCAUUGUGGACCAACCAGCAGUAAUGUCUUACUGGGAUCUUAGCCAGUCUGAUAGAGCCAAGUACGGGAUCAUGGAUAACUUGGUUCGGUUCAGCUUUGGAGUGGAAGACUUUGAAGACGUGAAAGCUGAUGUUCUUCAGGCUUUGGAGGCCAUAUAGGCUGUUUCACAUGCAACAAUUCUUUUUCUUUUUCCUUUUCCGUUUUCCUUCUUUUCCGAUGGUCCUGUCUUGAUUUGGUUGUUCGUACUUCUGUUAUUGUUGACUUCCCUCAUGUAGCCAAUGGUUUGAAAUGUAAUAAAAGGAUCAUCAAAUAGAUGAUCCAGUCCAUUAGAUUA